AUGGAGCAAAUUAGGCAAGAAAAUCAACAAACAUUCCUUAGGCUAGAAAAAGAGAUAGAUAAACUAGCCUUGGCCCAUUCAAAAUGUAAAAUAGGUCAUCUUCCUACUCAGUCAAUCAUGAACCCACGAAAUCAACCUUCUAAUAGCCAUGAACCAUCUACAUCUCAAGAUUUUGAAAAUGUAGAAGCGGUGACCACUUUGAGGAGUGGAAAGCAACUCAAAGAUUCAUAUGCACCAGAAUUUUUAGAAAAACAAGUUCAUGAUGAUGAAGAUUUGAAUGAUCAUGAUAAUGAUCAUAAGAAUUUAUUUUCUGAUGAUGAGAAUUUGGAGGAAGAAAAAAAAAAAUCAAAAGAAGAAAAAUACGAAGUACCACCCAUUCCUAUUUUAUCACAGCAAGAUGAACUUAAAAAAAUAGUCCCCUUUCCCAUGGCAUUAGAACCAAAACUUAGGAAAAGAGCUGAACCUAAUGAAGAGCUUAUGGAAAUAUUUAAACAAGUUCACAUCUCUAUUCCUUUGAUAGAUGCAAUCAAACAUAUACCUAUGUAUGCAAAAAAUUUAAAAGAAUUAUGCACACCUCAUAGGUCACCUUGGAAGAUAUCUUUAUCUGAAGAGGCUAGUGCCAUUAUUUCUCAUUUUUUGCCUAGGAAAUGUAAGGAUCUAGGAGCAUCUCUCAUCUCAUGUAGAAAUGUGCUCUUAGAUUUGGGAGUAAGUGUUAAUUUAUUACCUUUGGCUGUUUUUGAAAAUUUUGAAUUAGGAAAAUUAAAACCAACUUUAAUAGAACUUCAGCUAGCUGAUAGAUCUUUUAAAACACCUAAGGGUCUCCUAGAAGAUGUCAUUAUUCAUGUUAAAGGAUAUAGAUUUCUAGUGGAUUUUUUGAUUUUACAUAUUCCUAUUUUAGAUAAUCUUACUCAUGCACCAAUCAUAUUAGGAUGCCCAUUUCUUGCCACAGCCAAAGCAAAUAUUGAUUGUGAAAAUGGGAUUAUAAAUAUGAAAUAUGAAGGUCAAAAUAUCUCUUUAAAUGUUUUUAAAAGUUCAAGAUUUCUACAUGAAGAUAAUGAUAAUUAUGAAGAUAUUGAUGUGAUUGAUUCAUGUAUAGAAAAAAUGAAUUAUGUUCAGCAAGUUGAUCAAUUAAUUCUUCCAUUUCAUGUUCAUGCAUUAGAUCAAAAAUAUUAUAGGAAAGAGGCAUUAGAUUAUGACAUAACAUUUAUAGAAUCAUCUUUAGAGAAUCCCCCAAGUUUAGAAUUAAAACCUCUUCCUCAUUUAUUGAAUUUUUUUUUUUGGACCAAACCAAACCUUACCUAUGAUUAUCUCUACCUUAUUGACUUCUGA